GUUACCGUUCUCCUACUAGCUGACCUAAUUUAGCCGACUUCCCGAAAAUGGGUGAUAACGAAGGUCUUGUGCAUUUUCGUGUUGUGAGAUUCAUUUAUGAGGCUGGAAUGAAGUUGCGCAUGAAGACAAUUCCUCUCUCUACGACCUGUGUACUGUAUCACAGAUUUUUUAGAGAAAACAAGUUGGAUGAUUUUGACCCAUAUCUGAUAGCUGCCACUUGCCUGUACCUUGCUGGAAAAGUUGAGGAAGAACAACACAUCAGUCUGCGUGACGUUGUCAAUGUCACUUACAGGACGUUAAAUCGUGAUAAGCCGCCCCUUGAAAUGGGAGAGAAGUAUUGGCAAUAUCGGGACUCCGUCGUCAACUGUGAGCUCUUCCUACUACGCAGUCUGCAAUUUAAAUCUGUGGUCUACCAUCCACACAAGUUUUUGCUUCACUAUCUCAAAUACCUUGAGGACUGGUUUGAUCCUGUGACAUGGUCCACAUUUCCGUUGACGCGCACAUGUUGGGGAAUCCUGCGAGACACGUACCAUUCCCCCCUCGCGCUCCGCUACAAACCCCAGCAUAUCGCAAUAGCUGUACUUUACUUCUCCAUAUUGUGUCACGGCUUAGAGGUGCCACAUAACAGGACUGCCGAUCGUCCCUGGUGGAAGGUCUUUAAGGAGGACAUAACAUUGAACGAAAUCAAAGACAUUAUAAACGAGAUCAUCUUCACAUUCGAUAUGGAAGCAAUGUUGCAGACCUCAGGAUGAUAGGGAGUCGCUAAAUGCAUACCGUUUAAAAUUUACAACCAUAGAAGUGAGGUGGAAGAGGCGGGGCUUAGAUAUAUGGGUGUGACUAACGAUACAUAGCUGUGUGCCCUACUGUGCUAGUACUAUUAAAUAUACAGCAUUGUUUCGCAGCAAUAUUUUUUUAAGAUAAUUUUACUUGUAUUUUUACUUGUAUUCAUUAAAUCUUCUCAUCUUUAUUAAUCUACAAUGUGCUCAUUAAGGAGGAGCUUAGAAAAAGAUUGACACAUGACUUGUAUGAAGUGUGGACUCAAACGUGGUGCAUUUAGUGAAGUGGAAGUGGGAAAAUGUGUAUAAUUGUGUUGAAAUAAAGAGUUUGUAAUGUGAAUUAUGUGAAUGAAUAAAUCAUUAGGAGACUGGGUGGUAUUUAGACAAGAGACUGAAUUGGAAUUCUUUUUUUUCUCUGAAAUUCUGAUAUUGAAGGAUGCACUAUCAUAAACAUUUGUCCAUACUAGAGAGUGUUCAUACCAGUAUUUGUGUUGUAUAUACGAGUUUUAAAUGUAAAUAAAUCAUUGUGAGGCUGGCAUGGUAUUUAGACAAGAAACUAAAUUGAAAAUAAAGAUACAUUUGAUUUAGGGUGCAAAAUUGAUAAAUGAUAGUAUAUAUGUUGAGUUCAGUUUUCACAGUUAAUUUUGAAACCAUUAAGAUAUGAUAGGAACUUACAAUUAUUGUGAAGCAAAAUAAUUGUCGGAGUGUUAUGGAAAAAAAAUUAUUGCUUUUGAUUGUUCAAAUCUUUUUACAAUUAGUAAUAUUUACAUUCCUAUUGCACUUCCUCCGAUAUAGACAUUCUUUGAGUUAAUAUUACAUGCUCGGAAACCUUUCAUCUUAAUAAAACAAUGAUUGUGAUUGGUCACAUGACAAUUAUACUACGGUAAAAUGUACAUGAUGUUGAUGAAAAGUGAGAUGUUCUCGACACUGCCGUUGUUCUAGCAGCCAAAAUCAUUCUAUGUUAAACUGUCAUGAAAGUGUUGUUAUUCAGCGUUGUAGUUGGAUUAUCCCGGUGAAAUUUUGCAAAUGAGUGUAAUUAUACACAUUUAGUAUUUUAUAAUUGCAUCUGUGUAUGAAAACAUUUGGUCACUGCACAGAUCAAAGUCAAGUCCUUCGGAUAGUGGAAUGACCAAAUUUUACAUACACCAAUGAACCGCGAUACUUACACAUUCAAUCCAUAUAUGGUAUAUUUAGGAAAUAAAAUGUCA